UGGGUUAACUGAUUGAUUCAAGUUUCUUCUUCAGACUUAAAAAAAUGGAAAAAGCUGUAACACCAAAACUUGAUAUGCCUCUGUUACACUUCACGAAUUCUCGGAAACCCAAUUCGAUUCCGUCUCCGAUUCUUCGACUCUCGAGCUUCAAUCGUCACAAGAAACGUUCUUGUCUUGCAUCGUCUUCGCGUCCAGGGUUCGAAACAGAGACGAUGACUACUGAUUCGGAGAGCCAUGGUGCCAUAAUGGAAAAUAGUACCGUUGGAAGAAGAUUAAUCGGUUUAGCCGCCGCAGCUGCAGUAGCGGUUUCUUCGUGUUGCGAUUCUCCGGCACUAGCUGAGUCUCUGACUAUCGCUUUCCCUGUUUCACGUGCUCGUGAGGUUACUACAGUACAGAGAACUCUUGUGGAAGCUUGGGGUUUGAUUAGAGAAACGUUCGUUGAUCCUACUUUUAAUCAUCAGGAUUGGGAUUCUAAGCUGCAGCAGACAAUGGUGGAAAUGUUUCCUCUAAGAUCAGCUGAUGCUGCUUAUGGAAAGAUCAAAGCUAUGCUCUCUACCCUUGGUGAUCCUUUUACUCGACUCAUUAGCCCAAAGGAAUACCAAAGUUUCAGAAUUGGUAGCGAUGGAAAUUUCCAAGGUGUUGGCCUUUUCAUAAACUCAGAACCAAGAACCGGUCACCUGGUUGUUCUGUCUUGCAUAGAAGGUAGCCCGGCAUAUCGUGCUGGAAUACACCAAGGAGAGGAAUUGAUCGAGAUAAAUGGUGAGAAAAUGGAUGGUAUUGAUAGUGAAGCAGCAGCACAGAAGCUGAGAGGCCGAGUUGGAACAUUUGUUACCAUAAAACUCAAAUGUGUGAAUGGAUCAGGGACAGGGUCUGGUAUCAGAGAGGUCAAGGUACCCCGAGAUUACAUUAAGCUAUCACCAAUAUCCAGUACUAUAAUCCCACAUACAACACCUGAUGGACGUUCAGCAAAGACCGGUUAUGUCAAACUCACAGCAUUUUCUCAGACAGCAGCAUCCGAUAUGAUAAAUGCGGUACAUGAGAUGGAGAAUCAGGAUGUUCAGUCAUACAUUCUGGACCUAAGAAACAAUCCGGGAGGUCUGGUUAAAGCUGGACUCGAUGUUGCACAGUUAUGGCUUGAUGGAGAUGAGACCCUUGUGUAUACAAUUGACCGAGAAGGGGUUACAUUACCUAUAAAUAUGAUUGAUGGACACGCUGUGACACAUGAUCCACUUGUCGUGCUUGUGAAUGAAGGAAGUGCGAGUGCAAGUGAGAUUUUGGCAGGUGCCUUACACGAUAACGGUCGAGCUAUACUUGUCGGUAACCGGACAUUUGGGAAAGGAAAAAUCCAGAGCGUAACAGAGCUAAACGAUGGGUCGGCUUUGUUUGUGACGGUGGCUAAGUAUUUGUCUCCGUCUCUACACGAAAUUGAUCAAGUAGGGAUCUCACCUGAUGUACAGUGUACCUCGGAUAUGAUCGAUUCUUUGACCGGUGAGAUACUUGAGAAGACGAACAGUUCAAUUCCAAUGCUUGAAGCAGACUCAUGUGUUAUGGUCGCGGAGCACGAACUUGAGACUCGACAAUCCAAUGGAACAGCUUCUUGAGGGGGUUUCUCGUGAAUUAAUAUAGGAUAAGUUUAUGGCCGUGUAUAUAUUGAUAGUUCAAUGUAUGUGUAAAACUAUUUGGCACUUACUUGUGCCGUGAUAUUAAUUAAUACUGAAAUACAUCAGUAAAAGCGUAUUUAAACUCAACAA